AUGGCAAGAUUAGUAUUGAGUUUAUCGUUUAUUAUGUUAUUAUGGUUAUCUGCUUAUUAUGUUCAGAGUGAUUCCAAUAUUUGUUCUGUAUUAGAUUAUUAUCAUUCAUCGAUAUUUGCAUGUUGUGGGGAUUCAGAUGAAGAUCAUUGUAAAACAAUUAACGAUUGUGCCACUAUUGGUAGUGAUUUGGUAUCAUUUUUUAUUGUUAACGUCACAUCCGAUGAAAGAAAGGUUAUACGGGAAUUAUUUCAAGUUGAAGAUGUUUAUAAACAAACAAUAAAUGAAACAUUUAAAAUUUUAUUAUUUAAAACAAUCAAAACAGAUCGUCUAAAAUGUCAUUCAAAUGGUCAUUGUGUAAUAAAUCUAGAGAAGAGAAAACGAUGCAAACGUUGUCGAUUACAAAAAUGUUUUAAAUUGGGAAUGCGCAAGGAAUGGAUCUUGACCAAUGAAGAAAAGCAAAGAAAAAAACGAAAAAUUGAAGAAAAUCGUCGACUGAGACAAUUAUCGGAUAAUUAUCAAUUAAAUAUUCGUGAAGUGAUGCAGUCGUCUGAUGAACAAUCUUCUGAUCCAAAUUCUUUAUCACAAUCUUCCGUCAGUGCCAUUCUAACAUCAUCCGAUUGGAAUAAAUUGAAUGAAAUUCAAACAGCUUAUUGUAAUGCGGUUAGUUUAAAUUCUGUAGUAGGUAAAAUUCAUUAUCCUUUCAUGCAAAAAAUAGCAACCACCGACUUGCUUAUUAAUGUGCCAACAAACAUUGCGUCACUUCGACUUAUAGCCUAUUGUAAACAAAUUCGUGAAUUUCACGAUUUAAAUGAAGACGACAAAGUGACACUAAUCAAAUACAAUAUGUUAGGAGCAAUAUUUGUACAUGGUGUUCUAAUAUACGAUCCAUUGAAUGAUACAUUUCAUGAAGAGAAUACAGACGAUGGUGUAUUUGACGCAAAAGAUUUUAUAUCAAACAUGAACUUAGAAUUUUAUCAACGAACAAUUACCGUAAUGAAAGAUGUAAUUCAAAUUGUCGAAUACGAUCGUAUUAUUGUUAAAAUAUUAAUUAUAUUAGUAAUAUGUUCAAAAGGCUUUUGCGCUUAUGAAUCUAUGCGUGAACCAAUUUUAAAUGAUCCAUUAAGCGCUUAUAAAACACAAAAUAUAUUUACGGACCUUUUAUGGCGAUAUUGUUUAAAUCAGUAUGGCUAUAUUAAAACGAUAAAUUUAUUUACAAAAUUAUCACGAAGAGUGUUGAAUUUUCAAAUUUUGGCAAUAGAUAUGCGACACUUCGUAAAUGAUGCCAGUAUUGAUCAAAAGUUAGUUCCAUUGAUGAAAUCUGUUAUGUUAUUUACAUAA